AUGGUGCACUCCAGGCCUUUCGCUUGCUGCCUUGCCUGGGCGGCCUUGGCCGCCGCCCAUGGCCCGGCACUGCAGAGCGUCGAGGUUGACUCCCGCGCCGAGCUGGGUCCAGAGGUUGACUACAAUUCCGAGUUGGAGCCGGAGGUUGACUCCAGCUUCGACGACGUGGAGCCGGAGGUCGGCCGCAAGAGACACCGUGAAAGAGCUGGGAGGUCGGCAGCCCUUCUCCGAACUGAAAACCGGGCAGGAGCUCGAGGUGGUAGCGAGGACUUCACAUCGGAUGCCAGCCUCCUAGAUGCAGAGGAGGCACAGGAGUCUCACGGAAGAGAACACGCCGAGAAGGUCACGAAGAAAAAGAAAAAGAAGAAGAAGAAGGCCCUGGCGAAGAAGUGUGUCGGCACACACCUGACCAGCUGUCCGUCUGAUGGCUCCGACCCGUGCAAGACCAAAUCGGCAGGUAACUGCAUCAACGUCUUCCACUCCUGUGGUGAUGAUGUCCUGAAACAGUGCGGGCUGGACAAGAAAAAGAAGUGCACCAGCCUCAGCGGCGGCGCCUGCUACCUCCAGUGCACUGGAAGGGAACUCUUCGGCGAGAAGUGCGAGUCCCAGCCAAAGGAGCGAUGCAACGGUGGCUACGUCAGCGAUGGGCUGUCUGGCAUGUCCUGUAUGAUCUCGCCCUUGGAGGCAACACGCUGUAUUGAUGCAGGCACCUGUGCACUUCCGGAGGAGUAA